UGAAAGUAAAAAUAAGUGAUAAUUUCGUGAAAUCGGAACUAGUUCAAAAGCCGAUGAUUGUUGCUAGCGCCGUUGGGUGGCAACCCUGCGGUGAUCAGCUGAGCGGGAGCAACGCCAACGCGAAUGAUCGUUUUUGCAGACUCGGCGGUAAAAUUAGGAGAAAUUACGGUGAAAAAGGCGUCCAGGACAAGCGCACUUGACCAACAGCAUGUCCGACGACGAGGAGAUGGGCGUGCACCGCCUGGAGGGCACCAGUGGUCAAGAGAUGCGCGGCGGCCUGGUAAUUCGAAAACCCAAGGAUGGUUCCAAGACGAUGAGCUCCCCCAAAGUGCCACAAGUGUCCCUACUGGGGCUGGAUAAGCUUGCGGCCAAGCGGCGCACCGAGAAGGAGCAGGCAGAACGCCUUAUCUCGUUCCAGGAUAACGAGUUUGACGACGCCGGUGGUGGCAACUCCACGCCUAACGCCGCUGCUGGAGGAGGCACAGGUGGUGGAUCCAGAGAGUUCGCCUUCAAGAAACCGGACACCAAGAGCUUCGAAAAGCUAAGAGGACAGCUGCGCGAGCACAAAGACGAAACGCCUUCGCACACGGGCGGUGUUUCGGAGAAAGCCCGUGAGCGCCUGCGGGAGCACAUUCAACGGGACAAGCAGCGCGGGCGGAAUACCAGCUCCUCCUCCUACGAGGGCAAAGAGAGCGACAGACGGCGGGACAGGGACCGGGACCGAGAUCGGGAUAGACGCCGGCACAGAGACAGAGAACGCGACAGGGACCGAGACCGAGACCGGGAUCGAGACCGUAAUCGAGAUCGCUCCGUCUCCGUCCGCAGUGUACACACACCGCGGGAACCGAGCACUCCGGGCGGCAGCAGCAGCAGCGGCGGCGUAUCGAACAGCUCUUAUGACGACGAUGGCGAGGUUAGCCAGCGCAAAUCGGAUUGGGAUAUGCCCACGCCACGACGACAUGGCAACAGCUCCGGCGAUUGGUCUGUGAGGAGCAACAGCAGUAGCAGCAGCCGGCGGCACCAGAGUCGACAUGCAGAUGACACGGCUCGGCCGACGCCAGCCCAUCGCUAUAACAAUUGGGCUCACGACCGGAAACGUACUGGAGCCACGCCCUGGGGCGAGGAUGCAGAGUCACGUGACCUUUGGGAGGAGGAGCAACGGCGGCUGGAUCGUGAAUGGUACAACAUUGACGAGGGCUAUGAUGAUGAAAACAAUCCAUUUGCCGGCGCCAGCUCCGAGUAUUUCCGCAAGCGUGAGGAGCAGCUGGAGCAGAAGCGAACCAAGCGGAUAAGUGCCCAGCAGAGGCAAAACAAUCGGGACAAUGAGCUGUGGGAACGGAAUCGCAUGCUCACCUCUGGCGUUGUCACCUCGAUCAGCGUUAAUGAUGACUUCGAUGAGGAAGCGCUGGAGAGAGUGCACCUGCUGGUGCAUCACAUCAUACCACCGUUUCUCGACGGCCGGAUCGUGUUCACCAAGCAACCGGAGCCCGUGGUGCCCGUCAAGGAUCCCACCUCCGACAUGGCACUGUUGGCGCGCAAGGGCAGCGCCCUGGUUCGCACCUAUCGGGAGCAAAAGGAGCGCCGGAAAGCGCAAAAGAAGCACUGGGAGCUGAGCGGCACCAAACUGGGCAACAUUAUGGGCGUCCAAAAGACGCAGGACGAGGAGGAUGCAAAGUUCGAUAAGAGCAACGAUACGGCCGACUAUCGCAAGGAUCAGAAGUUUGCCGAUCACAUGCGUGACCAGGAUACGGGUGGCAAGAGCGACUUUUCGCGCAAGAAAUCGAUUUCAGAACAGAGACGCUUUCUACCUGUGUUCGCCUCACGGCAGGAACUGCUCAAUGUGAUCCGUGAGAACUCGGUCAUCAUUAUUGUGGGAGAGACAGGCAGCGGCAAGACCACUCAGCUAACCCAGUAUCUGCACGAAGAUGGCUACAGUCAGCGAGGAAUGAUCGGGUGCACGCAGCCACGUCGUGUGGCAGCUAUGUCGGUGGCCAAGCGCGUCUCCGAUGAGAUGGACACGCAGCUGGGUGAGGAUGUGGGCUAUGCCAUUCGAUUUGAGGACUGCACCUCGGAACGCACAGUCAUCAAGUAUAUGACGGAUGGUAUCCUGUUGAGGGAGAGUCUCCGGGACCCGGACUUGGACAGCUACUCCGCUAUUAUAAUGGACGAGGCCCACGAGCGGUCUUUGUCCACGGAUGUGCUCUUCGGAUUGCUGCGUGAGAUUGUGGCCCGUCGACAUGACCUGAAGCUAAUCGUGACCUCUGCCACCAUGGACUCGACCAAGUUCGCCACGUUCUUUGGCAAUGUUCCCACCUUUACCAUACCAGGACGCACCUUUCCCGUGGACGUGAUGUUCAGCAAGAACACCUGCGAGGAUUACGUCGAGUCGGCGGUGAAGCAAGCGCUUCAGGUGCACCUGACACCCAACGAGGGUGACAUGCUCAUCUUUAUGCCCGGCCAGGAGGACAUCGAGGUGACGUGCGAGGUUCUGGAAGAGCGGCUUGCGGAGAUUGAGAAUGCCCCAGAGCUAAGUAUUCUACCGAUUUACUCGCAACUUCCAUCGGAUCUGCAGGCCAAGAUCUUUCAAAAGUCCGGCGACGGUGUACGCAAGUGUGUGGUGGCCACCAAUAUUGCGGAAACAUCGCUCACCGUCGAUGGCAUUAUCUAUGUGAUUGAUUCCGGCUACUGCAAGCUGAAGGUCUACAAUCCCCGCAUCGGUAUGGAUGCCCUGCAGAUCUAUCCCAUCUCGCAGGCCAAUGCCAAUCAACGAAGCGGUCGUGCUGGACGCACGGGUCCUGGCCAGGCCUUCCGGCUGUACACACAGCGUCAGUACAAGGACGAACUGUUGGCCCUUACUGUGCCGGAGAUUCAGCGUACCAAUCUGGCCAAUACGGUGUUGCUGCUGAAAUCCUUGGGUGUUGUUGAUUUGCUGCAGUUCCACUUUAUGGAUCCCCCACCGCAGGAUAAUAUCCUGAAUUCCCUUUAUCAACUGUGGAUCCUGGGCGCCUUGGAUCAUACGGGAGCUCUCACAACGCUUGGUCGUCAAAUGGCAGAGUUCCCGCUGGAUCCACCCCAAUGCCAGAUGCUAAUUGUCGCCUGCCGCAUGCAUUGCAGCGCCGAAGUUUUAAUCAUAGUUUCCAUGUUGUCCGUGCCCUCGAUCUUUUACCGGCCAAAGGGACGCGAGGAGGAAGCGGAUGGCGUGCGCGAGAAGUUCCAAGUGCCGGAAUCCGAUCACUUAACCUACCUCAAUGUGUACCAGCAGUGGCGCCAGAAUAACUAUAGCUCUUCCUGGUGCAAUGAGCACUUUAUCCACAUCAAGGCAAUGCGAAAGGUUCGUGAGGUACGGCAGCAGCUAAAGGACAUCAUGACCCAGCAGAACAUACCCGUCAAGAGCUGCGGCACCGACUGGGACGUUGUGCGCAAGUGCAUAUGCUCGGCCUACUUCUAUCAGGCGGCGCGACUCAAGGGCAUUGGUGAGUAUGUGAAUCUAAGGACGGGCAUGCCCUGCCAUUUGCAUCCCACAUCCGCCUUGUAUGGCUUGGGCACAACACCGGAAUAUGUGGUCUACCACGAGCUGAUCAUGACCGCCAAGGAGUAUAUGCAGUGCGCCACGGCUGUCGAUGGCUAUUGGCUGGCCGAGCUGGGCCCCAUGUUCUUCUCCGUCAAGGAGUCCGGACGUAGUGGCCGGGAGAAGAAGAAACAGGCGGCUGAGCAUCUCAAGGAAAUGGAGGAACAAAUGCUGCAGGCGCAGCAUGAAAUGGAGGAGCGUAAACAGCAGGUGGCACAGCGGGAGGAGCAGCUGGCCGCCAAGCAGGAGAUUGCCACACCUGGCAAUGCCACGCCACGUCGCACGCCGGCCAGAAUUGGCCUAUGAGAACAUGAUCAAGCCAAGUGAUUCAUUUCAAUCGUGUUUUAUAUAUAUUUUCAUAUAAAUUCAACAUUAUUUUUUUGUUUGUGUUUAGUAAAGCCUAAUAAAGAGUAAUUGUAAAGUGCAAA